AUGAAAAUCCUGAAUAAUGAAUAUGCCGAAGAGGGCAUAGCCAAGAAGGACCUUAUGAAAAGUUCCUACGAGCCUUGGAACCGGGACGUGACGUCAGGACCACAACUGGCAGGAUUACUCGCCAGAUUAGUGUGGACUGGUCUCUGGGUCGUAUCGUUUAGGUUUUUCAGUUCACAGCCAAUCAGAACUGGAUUUAGAUAUGUUGUAGCCUAUCGUCGAAAUUGGUUCAAAGCUGUAUGGAUGAGUCAGAGAGACACGGUAUCAGAGAACGCCGAUCCUGCGGUAAAUUCCUUUCCCCUUCCACCCUACCACCAACAAUUUAUGAAGAUGAGGAGACUCGGCAGUGACACCACGCUGCAUUUCCCAUGGGCGGGCUACGUCUUGUCUUUUUACGGCGGUUUGAGGGCCUACUUGAGUCUCUUGUCUGUCUUCUCUCGUGACGGAGCUCUUCAGUCAUAG